CACGGCCGAGCGCGUCCUGCCAGGGGCCGAGUUCCACCAGUACGUGAAGGGCCAGCGCAGCGUCGUGCGCUCCCCGCGCCCCUACACAGUCCCCACCGGGCUGGCGGAGCACCUCGACUUCGUGGGUGGCCUGCACCGGUUCCCUGCGGAGAGAAAGAUGGUCAGCAGAGCCUGGGUCAAGAAGGAGCUGGAGCAGCACCAUGGAGGGAGAGCAGCUUUCCACCUGGGAGUGACACCUUCCGUCCUUCGUCAGAGAUACAACAUGACGAAGGGAGAUAUUGGGCUCCUGCCCAACAACAGCCAGGCCUGUGCCCAGUUCCUGGAGCAGUACUUCCACCAGGCUGACGUGGCUGAGUUCAUGAAGCUCUUUGGCAGCAGCUUCAUCCACCGCACUCAGGUUGACCAAGUUGUUGGGCACCAGGGCAUCGGCAAGGCUGGGCUGGAGGCCAGUCUGGACGUGGAAUACAUCAUGAGCACGGGUGCCAACAUCUCCACGUGGGUCUUCAGCAAUGCAGGGAGACACGAGAGCCAGGAGCCGUUCCUGGCCUGGCUGCUGCUGCUCAGCAACAUGUCCUCGCUGCCCUGGGUGCACUCCGUGAGCUACGGGGACGAUGAGGACAGCCUCUCGGUGGCCUACAUGGAGCGCGUCAACGUGGAGUUCAUGAAGGCGGCUGCCCGUGGCUUGACCAUCCUCUUUGCCUCCGGUGAUGAUGGUGCGGGGUGCAGGAGGGUGCGCAGUGGGAACCACACAUUCCGGCCCAGCUUUCCAGCCUCCAGCCCCUAUGUCACCACUGUGGGUGGAACGUCUUUCAAGAACCCUUUCCUGGUGACGGCCGAGGUGACUGACUACAUCAGCGGUGGUGGCUUCAGCAACGUCUUCCCCAUGCCCCAGUACCAGGCUGCUGCCGUGGGGCAGUUC